AUGUCUAGGCUUUUCAGUACAACAGUCCGGACCCUCCUUGAGUGGACUGGAUUUGAUAGGCACAGGCUAUCCGACACCUGGAAGGCGGCUGUGGAAAAGUUUACCCAGCCUGGUGGUGAUGCUGAAUCUAGACUCGGAAAGAUACACUCCGUCAACAUCAAGCAGGUAUUCGCCGGACUUGCAAUGGUACCCAUCUAA